GGCAAUAUAAACAACUCUGCACUAAGGGUCCCUGUGUGAAGGCGUCUCCAUACCCGGCGUGGUUUCCCUCCCGCGGCUUUUUCCUAUUUUUGUGUCCGUGUUGCCUCCCGCGGCGCCUCCAGGACCCAGGGAGAGGAAAGAAGGGAGACAGGGAGGAAAAGUACCAACAGCGAGAUGCUUGGCUUCAGGGGCGGUGGGCGUCCCAACGUGCGGAGCCGAGGGGGUUUCCGGGGCGGGCGAGGGCGCCAGACCACCAUGCGUCGGGGCAGCCGGGGCCAGGGGCGGGGCGGGGCAGCGGCUGUGAGGAAUAAGUCCAAACAGAAGGACCCGUGCAGCGUGUACGUCAGCUUCAUCAACCCCAUCGAGGCCGUGUGUGCGCAGCAGCUCCUGGACGUCGCGCGCACGGCAGCCGCCUCGGUUAAAUUUGGAAGACACUGCUACCUCACCUUCGCCACGGAGUCGGAGGCCAGCACCACACUUGCCAAGGCCGGGGAGGUGGAGUUUGGCGGACAGAAGCCUUACGUGGACCAUGCCUACAAAUCUCAGAGCGCGAAGGCAGCUGGCAAGAGAGGGGCAGAGGUGGUGCAGGCUUCCCCUACCAAGAAAAUGAAGAGCAAUACGGGCGGACCAGUGGAGAAGGAGGAUGAGAAGAUGGAGACACAGGAAGAAGGAGGAGGAGGAGGAGAAGAGGUGGAGGAUGGAGAAAAGGAGGGAGAGAUGGGAGAGAACUGUGCUGAGGAGGCUGCCUGAGAGAGAGAGAGAGAGAGAGAGAGAGAGAGAGAGAGAGAGAGAGAGAGAGUGUGAGAUACUGUGACCUGUGUGUGUGAGAGAGAGAGAAAGAGUGAGAUACUGUGACCUGUGAGAGAGAGAGAGAGAGAGAGAGAGAGAGAGAGAGAGAGAGAGAGAGAGAGAGAGUUAAUUUUAAUCAAGUUUUCUGUGUCAAAUUUUUUUCCUCAUUUUAUAUUCAUGUCACAAUAAAAUAAUAAUAACAA